AUGUUGAAACACCCACCUUUGAUCAGAGUCGAGCGGAAAAAUAGUGAAAAAGGCGAAAGGCCUUUGGAUUUUGAUUCCGGACGGCGACGAGUCAGCAACGAUCGGCUCUCGAAGAUGUCUACAUUCGGAAAAAUGCUCGAGAAUGUAAAAAAACUUUUUUUAAUCAUUUUUCUUGUCAUUAGAUGCGACAUUCACUCAUUUCUUUCAAACUUUAUCUGUCACAUCGGGUUUUUUGGUCUAACCUGUGCUCGUCUUUGGCACAGAGUGAAGAGUGGGGUGAAAAAAGCAUGUCGGUGCCAAAGUCUGGUUGUUUUUCGAAGGAAAAGGGCUCUCGUGAACACGAGGUGUUAUCAUACCUACUGUUUUUGA